AUGGCCCUCCGAGUUCGGCAGAUUUUGCAACGUUGCAGGCUUGACUGCAAGCGAGACAUAAACCCUGCGAUCCGGAGACUUUUCAUCGAUGCCCAAGGUUUGCCAAUAAACUUAGCCGGCAAGGUGGCCAUCCUCGCAUCGACGUCGCUCUCACAGGCCCUACUUGACAGCCUGCGUCUGUCAGAAGAAUAUAAAUUUGCGGUCACGAAGAGUCCAGCGCCAGAAGUUCCCGGUGUGAAGGGGCACUCCACAGGGGAAGACGCCCCGAUGAAAGUAGCCCUGCAAUUCGUGAAAGCGAUGGAAGCAAACGGCAUCGAGGUCACCAUAGCUGGGUCGUUGGCACGUAACGUCGUGACAGAACCACGAUUCACAAAGAAUAUCGAUGUGAACCUGCGUAUCGGACCUGGCAGUGUCGACAAGUUUGUGGCAGCAGCGACAGCCGUCGGUGCUGAACUACGAAGUGAGAUCGGGAGGCCAAGACGUGGACGGGGCAUCCUUACGGAUGACGAGGUCUUCCUCGUUGGAAUCAGCUACAGCGGCAUUCCGAUCGACGUUUUUUUCAACACUUGGUGGGGCAGUCAAGAUGCCGUUGAUGAUGCGUUUCUCGUAGAGGUUGAUGAACAGGCUUGGCGCUUCAUUUCUCCCACCAGUCUUUGUCUUUUCAAGAUUUUGUUUCUGUCAGAGUCCUCUCCUGAGCGUGUUUUGCUAAAGCACGUCGAGGACAUUUAUGCCUUGCUCGAAGUGUCAAAGAUUCCGGUUGACCGCAGAUAUGUUUCUGCGUCUGUGUCCAAACUACUACCCAGCACAGACUUUCGCUUUAAGCUUUGGCACGGCAUCGCCAGUGGCGAGAAGUUGUCCAGCAUACUCGCAAGGGCUUUGAACUUGUAG